AUGGGGAUAGUAUCUGAAGCAACUUUCAGGCAUGUAUUCCACCAUGACUUUAACCUACACUUCCACACGCCAGCCAAAGACACUGUCUGUCAUCCCCAGUCCAAUGGCUCGAUUGAGCGAUUUCACGCCACCUUAUUGGAAAUGAUCAGAUCCCAUGUAUCCGAAAGUCCCGACGAACAUCCCUUCAAUAUUCUUCCCUAUGCUGUUCAGUGCUACAAUAGUACUAGAAAUAAAACUACUGGCUUUACACCAUACGAGCUCGUGUUUGGCCACACCUCUGGUCGUCCGCCCGAACACGUAUAUUUAGAAAAAGAAUUGAUGUCCAAUGUCAGUCAUCCCCAGUCCAAUGGCUCGAUUGGGCGAUUUCACGCCACUUUAUUGGAAAUGAUCAGAUCCCAUGUAUCCGAAAAUCCCGACGAACAUCCCUUCAAUAUUCUUCCCUAUGCUGUUCAGUGCUACAAUAGUACUAGAAAUAAAACUACUGGCUUUACACCAUACGAGCUCGUGUUUGGCCACACCUCUGGUCGUCCGCCCGAACACGUAUAUUUAGAAAAAGAAUUGAUGUCCAAGUAUGUUCGAGACAUUCGGAAUAAACUCGAAUAUUACUACAAAAUUGCCCGCGUGAGAACUGACGAACAGAAGCAAAAAGCAAAAAUUCGCUUUGAUAGUAGAGUGUCACCCAAUUUACAAUCAUAUAAAAUUGGCGAUAAAGUAUUUGUGAAACAGUCUCAAAUUUCAAACAAGCUUCAGAACAAAUUUGAUGGUCCAUUCGAAAUUACUCAAGUUUUUGAAAAUUCUGCGCUCCUUAAGAACCCGGAAACAAAUAGAAUAAGUAAAGUUAAUUUUGACAGACUGAAACCAUGUUUUGAGACUUAG